UCAAUAAAGCCACAACGCUCUACUGGUUUUUGUCACCAAGCCAGGUGAACAGAGAACUUUAACAGCUUCAAAAACAUCCUGUUUCAUCUAAUCAAGGCUUAUGUCUGCAUUGUUUUUACAAGUAUGUUUUUAUAACAAUAAUGAACUACAGGGCAUUCAUGCAAAUGUUCAAAUUUAAAACAGGAGAGAAUACCAAAUCAGCCGCUAUUAAUAAAUAAAAUCCUAAUUUUUCGUAACAAAAAUAAAUGCUACACUGGCAGUUUUUGCAAAGUAGUAACCGCAUCCAAAAAUACAAAAACAAGAGACACAAACACAGAGGGAGGGUGUCAACACCCCCUCUAAAGAGGCCCCGACUGCAGGCAGGAGUUAUCAGAUGUAGGAGGAAGCCUGAGCAUCAAGGUUAGACCAGUACAGCCCAAUAUGAUGAAAUUAGACAUGAAAAAACAAAAACAAACCAAAAACACUAAAGCAGAAGUAGUAAAAGAAAACAGCGAACACAAAAAAAGAGGAAGCUGCUGAUUAUUCUACAAUAAGUCUUCAGAGCUGGAGCAAAAUAACCAGAAUUACUUGAUUCGAAGCCACCAUCUCUUUAAAGAAGAAACUGAAAGAAGUAAGUCUACGAAAACCCGCAAUGGGCGAGGAGCAGCGCAAAGACAGAUAUGUGGAAGGUAGGGUAACCAAAACGUACGGUAAUGAAUCCUACACGGCUGUCAUGAAUGAGAACGUCAGAGGAAUUGAAGAGAUGGUGAGGAAAUAUGGGAGCAACUGUCAGAUUGAGAUACAGGAAGGUGCAUCUGGAGCAUUCUGGAAGGGCUCCGUCUGUCCCCUUCACCUGGCUGCUGCCUUCAGAAGAGCACGGAGCAUUCAGAGUUUGCUGUCAGCAGGAGCUGACGCAGACUUUAAAGACCAGCUCGGUCGGAUUCCACUACAUCUGGUCAUCAUCAACUGGCCGACUGCCUUAAUGACCCGGAAAAAACCUUCCUCCAAGUACUGGAGCUCUAUGCUGAGAGAAAGCAGGCAGGCUGAGGCCUGCUUACGGCUCCUCUGUGAUCAUGGAGCUAAUGUCAACGCACGGAUGGAUGAAAGAGGUCAGCCAACGGCUCUUCAUGUCUCGGUACGUUACCAAGCCCUGCCUGCUGUCUCCAUCCUGAUCAGCUAUGGUGCUGAUGUAAACGCUGUUGACAGCAGAGGGAUGACGCCGCUGCACAUGGCGGCAGGGAUCCUCCAUCAGGAUAUCACAGCAAGGUUGAUUCAUCAGGGAGCUGAUGUGAACACGGUUUGUUCUGCAUCUUUGUUUCAAAUUAUGGAGUGAGUUUGUUCCAAGAGCAAAUUCUGCAAAUGGGAAUUUAAAAAAUGAAA